AUGGUUGAAGGAAAAGUAUUUGUAGUAUCAAAUAGAUUACCAGUUACAAUAAAAAGAAAAGAUGAUGGAUCAUAUGAUUAUUCAAUGUCAUCAGGUGGGUUAGUAACAGCAUUACAAGGAUUAAAAAAAUCAACUGAAUUUCAAUGGUUAGGUUGGCCAGGUUUAGAAAUUCCAGAAAAUGAACAAAAAAAAGUUAACCAAGAUUUAAAUUCAAAAUUUAAUUGUACAGCAAUAUAUUUAAGUGAUACAAUAGCAGAUUUACAUUAUAAUGGAUUUUCAAAUUCUAUAUUAUGGCCAUUAUUUCAUUAUCAUCCUGGUGAAAUGAAUUUUGAUGAAAAUGCAUGGGCUGCAUAUAUUGAAGCAAAUAAAAAAUUUGCUUUAGAAAUUUCAAAACAAGUUGAAGAUAAUGAUAUGAUAUGGGUUCAUGAUUAUCAUUUAAUGCUUUUACCUGAAAUGUUAAGACAAGAAAUUGGUAAACUGAAAAAAAAUAUACGUAUUGGUUUUUUUUUACAUACUCCUUUUCCAAGUUCAGAAAUUUAUAGAAUAUUACCAGUAAGAAAAGAAAUUUUAGAAGGUGUAUUAAGUUGUGAUUUAAUAGGGUUUCAUACAUAUGAUUAUGCAAGACAUUUUUUAAGUUCAGUAUCAAGAAUUGUCCCCAAUGUUAAAACAUUACCAAAUGGUAUUGAAUUUCAAGGUAGAAAUAUUAAAAUUGGUGCUUUCCCCAUUGGAAUUGAUGUUGAUAAAUUUGUUGAUGGAUUAACUAAACCAGAUGUACAAAAACGAAUUACCACCCUAAAGAAAAAAUUUGAAGGUGUUAAAGUUAUUGUUGGAGUAGAUAGAUUAGAUUAUAUAAAGGGAGUACCACAAAAAUUACAUGCUUUUGAAAUUUUUUUACAACAAAAUCCAGAAUGGAUUGGGAAAGUUGUAUUAGUUCAAGUUGCAGUACCAUCAAGAGGUGAUGUUGAAGAAUAUCAAAGUUUAAGAGCAACAGUAAAUGAAUUAGUUGGUAGAAUUAAUGGACAAUUUGGUACUGUUGAAUUUGUUCCAAUUCAUUAUAUGCAUAGAUCAAUACCAUUUGAUGAAUUAAUUUCACUUUAUAAUAUAAGUGAUGUUUGUUUAGUUAGUUCAACAAGAGAUGGAAUGAAUUUAGUAAGUUAUGAAUAUAUAGCAUGUCAACAGGAUAAAAAGGGGGCAUUAAUAUUAUCAGAAUUUGCUGGAGCUGCUCAAUCUUUAAAAGGUUCAAUAAUUGUAAAUCCAUGGAAUACUGAAGAUUUAAGUGAUGCAAUAAAAGAAUCAUUAACAUUACCUCAAGAAAAAAAAGAUUUUAAUUUUGCUAAAUUAUUUGAAUAUAUUUCUAAAUAUACUUCAGGAUUUUGGGGUGAAUCAUUUGUUAAAGAAUUAUAUAAAUGUAAUUCUGACUAG